AUGGCGCAAAGCACAAACUUCAAGGAGGCCUUCUCGUUAUUCGACAAGCGCGGCACCGGACGUGUGCAAAUCGACUCGCUCGGCGAUUUGUUGCGCGCAUGCGGACAGAACCCAACGCUGGCGGAGAUCAAGGAUCUGGAGCACCAGAUGGGCGGCGACUUCGACUUUGACUCCUUCACCCGCGUACUCAACCGACCUGGCGGAUUCCGUGAUCCCGGCGAGCCAGAGGAAUAUUGCCGCGGUUUCCAAGUCUUUGACAAGGACUUGACGGGCUUCAUUGGCGUCGGCCAAUUCCGCUAUAUCCUGACCAACCUGGGCGAGAAGAUGAGCGAUGAUGAGGUGGAUGAGCUGCUCAAGGCUGUGGAUACCAGCAGUGGAGAGUUGAACUAUAUGGACAUGGUUAAGAUGAUUUUGCAGAAUUGA